CAACGCCACUUGAGAAGAUACUACCACACCCCUGUCCUCUGCCCCACUCUGCCUCAAAUGGAUCACGGUGGAGGAGGUCGUGGGAUGGCAGGGUACGAGGCGGCUGCGGCGGCGGCUUCCACCAACCAGAAGACCGAAAGCUUCGGAGGCUGUUCCAGCUCCAACAGCGUGAAGAAAAUUUACCCCAUUGACAGUCCAAUUAAGAAAAGAAAGUUACAGUAUGACCUCAGUGACACAAGGCUGUUAUCGCUGAAAUACAAGUUUCAGGACCGACGAACUUCACAGGAGGAUGAGACUGCAAGAACAGAAAGCUUAGGAGGUGAUGACAUUUUCAUCAACAAGAACUGUAAUGUGGACAUGGCCAAUGUUUACAAGGAAUUGGACUCGUGUGAGAAUACUCAAAGCCUUUUAGGUGGUUGCAUCGAAGUUGACUCCAUAAAUGCCAGGUACUCGGCCGCGCACCGCAGCGGGGCGACGUUCCAGGGCGUGAGCUCGACACGGACGCCGUAG